UCGAAGCAUCUCGUUUGAGUGUACACUACGUUAAAAGACGAUGGAUUUCUCGUUGCUUUCGUCGCCCUUCACGUUAUUAGUAAUUACUCUGAUCAUCAUCGGCGUCUUAAAAGUUGUCGCAGCACUGCAUCAUACGUACUUUUACUGGAGAAACAAGAGGGUACCUUACCUGCCAAAUUCGCUGUCAUCUUUUACAACGGGAUGGAAAUUGUUACUAGGCCGUAUUAGUUUUGCCGAUUAUUGCCAAUACAUAUAUAACUACUUCCCGGAAGCUAAAUAUGUUGGAAUAAUGGAUUUUGCUACGCCUGGCGUAUUACUGCGCGAUCCUGAGUUGAUUAGAGACGUCAUGGUGAAAGAUUUCGAACACUUCCCGGAUCACCGCAGUUUCGUCGACGAAGAUUUGGAACCGCUGUUCGGUAAGAACAUCUUCGCCCUACGCGGUGAUCGUUGGAGGGAAAUGAGGAAUACAUUGAGCCCCUCUUUCACCGCCAGCAAAAUGAAGUUCAUGUUUGAACUGAUAUCAAAAUGCUCUGAGGACUUUGUUAAUUAUUUGGUUGAUCAUCCGGAAAUCUGUCAUGCGAUCGAGACAAAGGAAGCAUUCAGACGAUACACCAACGACGUAAUCGCCACCGCGGCUUUUGGCAUAAGUGUAAAUUCUAUGAAAGAUCAAUAUAACGAAUUUUAUACGAGGGGCGUGGAAGCUACCAAAUUUUCUAGUGGAUUUCUAUCAAUAAUCAAAUUCAUAUUUAUGCGUACGUGUCCAACGCUCGCCAAGUCGAUGGGUCUGACCAUGUUUCCGUCGGCUACGUCCAAGUUUUUUAAAACUGUCGUGGCGGAGACCAUUAGAGCGCGCGAAGAGCAAGGUAUCGUCCGACCAGAUAUGAUUCACUUACUGAUGCAGGCUCGAGACAAGAAAAGCGAUAGCGUACACAAGAUGACCUUGGACGACAUCGUCUCACAGGCUUUCAUCUUUUUCUUUGCCGGUUUCGACACGUCUUCAACUCUGAUGUGUUUCGCCAUUCAUGAAAUAGCAGUUAAUCAAGACAUUCAGGAUCGUCUGCGCGAGGAGGUGCGACAGCAUCUCGCUGAGGGGAACGGCGAGAUCUCUUACGAUUCGCUGACAAAAAUGUCUUACAUGGACAUGGUGAUUUCCGAGACUCUGAGAAAGUAUUCACCGGUGAUCUUCAUCGACAGACUUUGCACAAAGAGAUACGAACUGCCGCCGUCGCAACCGGGUUGCAAGAACGUAAUCGUCGAGCCUAACAGUCUACUGAUGUUUCCUGUCUAUGGUUUACAUCGCGAUCCGAAGUACUUUCCAAACCCGGACAAAUUUGAUCCCGAAAGGUUUAGCGACGAGAAUAAAGACAAUAUUACACCGUAUACUUAUCUACCGUUCGGCCACGGACCCAGAAAAUGUAUCGGCAAUCGAUUUGCAUUUAUGGAAACAAAAAUUCUGAUAGUUAAUCUUUUGCAAAAGUUCACUCUAAAAACUAUUGAAAAAACCGUUGAACCAAUUGUAUUCAGCAAAAAAGAGUUUACACUGCAACCUGUUGGCGGAUUCUGGAUCGGCUUGGAGAAAAGAGAAACGUAAAAAUCUUCUACGAUGCAGUGCGUUUGAAAAAAUGUGCUUUUUUCAGAUAUAUCAAUACGCAGGAUUGGAAAGUAACGCGUUACUUGUAACUUCGUCACCGUUACUUUUUUCAGUAACUGUAACGGCAUUACAAAUUUUGUUUGUAAUGAAAAAACUAACUUCGUUACAUUUUGCGGUAACAAGUAAUGAAUUUAACCAUAAUUUUUAUCAUUACUUUUUGCGAAUUUACUCGGUGUAAUUUUCAUUCAAAGAAAACUGUUGGAUUGUAGCAUCAUAUAUGUAAACGCGCCAUUAAAAAAAAAGUGUUUAUCGUCGACGGACGUAUUAACACUACAAAGAAGGCAUCUGCAUAAUAAACGACAAAUUCUUUUAAAAAUUAAUACAAUUUUAAAAAAUUUUAAUACAA